GGGUCUACACACUGGGCUUUGUGCAGGGAGCAGCAGUCCUGGGAUGGACACAGUGACAUCCUGAUUUACCUCGUAUUUGAGGGUCACCCUCCUCACCAUCACCCAGGACCCCCUGUACAUGGCAGCAGGUUGGAUGCAGCACAUAUCAUGGAUGACUGACCUAUCCAGGAUCUUCUGAAGCUCCACAACAUGCAGAGCGAGGUCGUUCCCAGCGAUGCUGGGAUUGAGGAGUCUGCCCCAAAACCAAAUAGGAGUGCCCCAAAUAGUCCCCUAAGGAACACGCUCCGGAGAGCUGCGGCAGCUGUGUCUUUUGAGGGGGCAACAGGAGAGGCGACCAUAGAACGGAAGAAGAGAAAGAAAAAGGAGCCGCGUCCAGAAUCCAUCAUUGUGUAUCGCUCGGAUAAUGAGAAGGUCCUGGAUGAUGAAGCGGCCAAUCAGGAAACCGGGGAGAGAAGUACAGAGGAAGGAUCCAGAUUUCUGGGGACUCCGCUAAGUGAUGGUGGGUGGAAUAUGCCUCCAGAUAGUCGCUAUGUCACUUUAACCGGAACAAUCACCCGUGGGAAGAAGAAGGGGCAGAUGGUGGACAUCCAUGUCACUUUAACCGAGAAGGAACUUCAAGAACUUACACGAUCUAGGGAGCCUUUACAAGACGAGCCGAUUGAGGGGAAGAAAAUUUGUUCGGUAGGCCCAGAUAAAGGUCCUCACGUCCUCUUGUGGAGUCUUCUUUGCUUGCCGGUCGUAUUUGUUCUGUCGUUCGUGGUUUCGUUCUAUUACGUGACCAUUACCUGGUACAACAUCUUCUUGGUUUACAACGAGGAGAGGACUUUCUGGCACAAGAUCACCUUCUGCCCCUUCCUAAUAAUUUUUUACCCUAUCAUCAUAGUGGUCGUGUCUCUGUCUCUGGCCACGUACACGGCAGUGACUCAGAUCUCCUGGUCAUUUGGUGAGUGGUGGCACGCGGUGAAGGACAUGGAGAAGGGUUUUUGCGGGUGGCUUUGUAGCAAGCUUGGUCUGGAAGACUGUUCUCCCUAUAGCAUUGUAGAAUUACUGGACUCUGACAAUAUAUCGGGUAGUUUGUCGGUGAAGGGCUCUGCGCAGGGCGUGGAGACCUCGGCCGUGUGACUUCGAGAAGAAUUCCUAGUUUCUCAUCUGUUUUCUUUACCUUAUUUAAAGUAAUUAUGGAAUGCUGAUCUGUGGAAGGUCCUGUGCCUCGUGGAUAAUACUGGUGAUUAGUGAACCUGUGCCACUGCCUAUUGCAUGUCUUGGACUGUGACCUAAGAUACUACAACUUGAGAGCUUUUCAAGUUCAGCCUUAAAGGGGACCUCUCACUAGGACUCACUUCAGAUCAGGCGUUUGUUCAGUGUUCUAUCAAAGUCAGUCUAGUAGGCAAAAUAGCAUUUACUCUAUGACCCUCUAAGCAGAAGUGAACUCCACCCACUUGACUCAUCAGGCACAUGACUAUUCCCGUUUCUCCAGAGAAGAGUCACAUGACUCGUUUUAACUCUGCUGAAUGGUUGAGAGGGUUCACAGAUGGAAUGUGGAUAUUUAAUUGCUAGAUCUUUGGGCUCAUGAUUGGGUCAAGUUGAACCCCUUAUCCAUGGUGACAGGUUCCCUUUAAAUAUACUGAAAAAUGUAUUAUUAUUAUAUAUAUUUUUUUUUAUGAUGCUCCUUUCAUCACUGCAUCAAUCACGCAGCCGGCUCUGCUAUGUCAUUUGACUAAUGAAGCGUUUGUUUUCCGUUUAGCACAAUAAUUGUUGUUCACUGCAUGAUUCAGAGGUUUUAUAUUUAUCUGCUACAAGGUGGAUCAUAUUUUGUUAGACUUUUUAUUUUUUUCUAUUUUUUUAUUUUAUUUCUAAAUUAAGGAAGGUUUUUUUUAUCAAAGCUGAGUUUCUUCUCUGUGGCGCAGAAGUGCUCUAUAAAAUGUGAUGUGAUGCAAUGACCCAAAAUAAAAAAUACCCCCGAUAAAAAAAAAAAUCCAUGAGUCGUCCACUUCUGUUACAUUCUUAUAAAUUCCCGGGAGACGUUUUUUCAUUGCAAGACCAUCAAUAUGGCGGCUGUUAGG